CAAAAUGGGUUAGCUGUAAAUAUCGAUAAAAUACAGUUUCACUCCCUGGUUCUAAACGAAGAAGCUAAGCUACCUUUUUAUUCUUACUCCUUUCUUUUACCUACAUGCCACCUUUUUAAUCUCUUACAUAUUUAUUGGUACUCUUUCUUUUUCUGUGUCUUUUGCGUGGCUUUUCCUGGCUCUCUUUACAUCUCUCUCCCUGUUGAAUUUGUUUUUUUGAUACACUUGUGAAGUGCAACAAAGCCAUGGACUUUUAGUUUUCACCUCCAACCACCUCCUAUGUCUUACCCAGUGUAUUUAGCCUCAUCCUGUCUCUCUCUUUCUCUCUCCUUGUUUCUCUUUAUCCCUGUGUCACUAUCAACUUCAGUUGACAUAACGGAUGAUUUUGCUGACGAUAUACGCCCAAUUGCUGAAGCUGAAAGGCUUAAGCGUUUAUAUCCUGAAAAUGAGCGCCUUAUUAAUAGUAUACCAAGCAGAUUCUAUGAGGUUAUUUAUCCAGUUCAACUUAGGAAACAUGAAAAAAUGGGUAUUUCCACCAGGGAUACAUCAUCCAAUAAGACUGGUAAACAUAUUCAUCAAACCUCCUUGCUCAUAAAAGCCUUUAAAUACAAGUUCCGCCUUGAAUUGGAGCUCAAUAACCACCUUUUAGCCCCUGGAUUAAUGCAAAAGCAUUUCCUACCUGAAGGAGCACGACAAGUUUCAACCCAGGAGAUUGAACAUUGUUAUUACCAUGGAACCAUUCGUGAUUAUCCUGGAGCUCUUGCCGCCUUUCGUACAUGUAAUGGUCUUAGCGGGGUUAUUCAUUAUGGAAAUGAAACUUUUGUUGUCCAUCCAUUUUACGGUGGAGACCUUUCCAGGAAACAUCCCCAUGUAAUUUAUCGGUAUUUUUCAGAGACAAGACACAAGCAUGCUUGUGGUAACACAAACAUGCACGAAUGGGGUUUCAAACAAUAUCGUAAAGGUAAAGGAAGACGCGAUGUUAGAGUGGUUGAGAAGUACAUCGAACUGUCCCUUAUCUUGGACAAAGCCAUGUUCGAGAAUCGGAGUAAUUCUUCUCGAGGAGAAGUUGUCAACGAUGCAAUUCAAAUUAUUAACUGUGUUGACAUGUAUUUUCGCCUUAUUAAUACCCGAGUCUCGGUUAUUUACGUUGAAACUUGGGCUCACGGGAAUCAGAUUGAAGUAUCUGAUGAUGUUAGGAAAACUUUGCUCAAUUUCAUGGAAUAUGGUGCAAGAAAUUUGUACAAAGUCCCAAUGGAUGCUGGCCAUUUACUAGUAGGUAAACCAUUUCAAAAUGGUGAAGUCGGAAUGGCAGUUCCUGAUAGCAUAUGUACAGCCAAAGCCGUUGCUGUUAGUCAAGAUAUCAGUAUAUAUGAACCUCAUCUAGUUGCCGUUACAGUUGCCCAUAUGAUUGGUCAUAAUAUCGGAAUGAGCCAUGAUGAGGAAACCAAAACAGAUAGUCCAGAUGGAUGUAAUUGUCCAGACUGGUGGGGCUGUAUAAUGGGUCGUUAUAUACUAGGAAUGAACAAUAUUCAACCGUUUCAAUUUUCCCGAUGCUCAGUAUUAGAAUAUAAUAAUGCCCUCCAGAUUGGUCAUGGUAUCUGCCUGCUUAAUAAGCCCAAUCAACUUGAAGAUUUCCGAUUCUGUGGUAAUGAGAGAAUCGAUGAAGGUGAAGAAUGUGAUUGUGGAGGUUUCCAAAGCUGUAUGGAUAAGGAUCCCUGUUGUGAUCCAAUUACUUGUAAAUUGAAAGUUGAAUCUGAAUGCUCAACUGGACCCUGUUGUGUUAAUUGCAAGCUGAAAAACGAAGGACAUAUUUGUCGAGAUGCAAGAGAUGAAUGUGACAUUCCAGAAGUCUGUGAUGGUAAACAUGGAAGUUGUCCUCCUGAUAUUUAUCGUAAAAACGGCGUUGACUGUAAGAGCCAGAAGGGAUUUUGUUUCAAUGGUGCGGUCAUUUGGGGUGCUGGAGCUCGAGCAUCUGAAUCAGUCUGCUUUGAAAAGUUCAAUGCUCAAGGUACCAUGAAGGGCAAUUGUGGUGUCGAUGGUAAAGGCAUUCAUCUAAAGUGUAGCGAUGAGAAUAUAAUGUGUGGAUCACUUCAGUGCCAAUUCGGUAAACAAGUACCAUUUUCCAAGGAAAUGGGUUUGGAAAAGGAAUAUUCAAGAACAAUAAUUUACACAAAUGAAAUUGAAUAUGAAUGCAAAGUUGCCCGAGGAUCUAAUAGGGAAGAUAUUUCAGAUAUGGGACUUCUUCAGGAUGGAACCAAAUGUUCAGAUAAUCGGAUUUGUGUAAAUCAAAGUUGCGUUAGUAUUGACCUGUUCAUUCAACCUGGUGAUUGUCCAUCCAAUAAUGUUGCUGUCCCAUGUUCAGGGAAUGGGAUUUGCUCAAAUGUGAAUACCUGUCAUUGCUCGUACAGUUGGACUGGUCCUGAUUGUUCCCAACGGUCGCCUCGAGCAACAACAUCUUCCCCUGACUCAAGUGGCUCAUCAGGCUCGGCACCAGUCAAUCCCAAUCAAGAACUGAUGAACAAUGUAAAAAUAAUUAUGGACAAUACAACCAAAUUCACUGAAUAUGCGAGCAACAAAAAAUCAUUAAGCGCAAGAAAUUUGGUAAUGAUAUUGAUCUCUAUUGUUGGAGGUGUUUUUGUUUUCUUUACACUAUUAGCCCAAUGUUACAGGCGACAAAGUAUUUUACCAAAUAAAGCUGAAACUGCUCGAAAAAAGAGCUUACAGAGGAAACUACUUUCAUCCGGAAGUAAAGAUGAUGAUCACAGUAUGAACGGAGGAGGUGAAGUGACACCGAGAAUAACCUUUGGUUCAAUGCCAUCUUAUAGAGAGGAUAAAAUGGCUGAAAGGAAAAGGAAUCAUUCAAAGGAGUCAAGAGUUAAACCAUCUUCUUCGAAAGUCAAUACAACCGAGACUGUCCUUCAACAAACUGAACGUGAACUUUUGGAAACCUUGCAGGGAAAAGGAGGGCAAUUUUUUGAACUAUCACCAGAUAACUUGUCUAAAGUAUCACAUGGAGCUAGUGGUGGACCUGAAAAGGGUAUAUUGAAGCAUCCUGGUGAUGCAAGUGGAAGUGGUACUCCAAUUUCAGGUCAUACUCGCCAUGGUAGUUCAUCAUCAGCUGCUUUGACUAGCUUGGUUAAUGCUUUAAACCAAGGUGGAGUUGAAAGUGAUAAUCAGGAGGAAGUUCAGUCCGAUGGAAGUCGAACAACUGAUACUUUGAAUCAAGUUGAGAGAACAUUGAAAACCCUCAAUGGUUAUCAUGAAGAAAUUUUAGAGGCCUUACAAGCUGCUACUGCAUCUGGCCAUCUUCAAAGUUCUCGUCAAAGCCCUGGAGAAAUUAAUAAACAAGUGUAUAGCGACCAAUUAUUUAAUUAUGAAGGGUUAAUGAAAUCAAGCGAAACUCAUAUUCAAAGUGGUUCAGAGAAUGAAGACAGCGGGGGAAAUAAUGGUCUAUUAUCUGCUUGUGGCCCAAUCAACAUACGAAAUUUUGAAGAUUUGCUAAGACAAUUUCAACAGCAGCAACAGCAAGCUUCAUCUUCUGGGCAACAAAACCUUCAGAACAUGUUAUCUGGUCUCUCUCCUACAGGAUCAGAAGAGAUUCGCAUGAGUGAACCAGAAGCUGAUCGCCAUAUUUACUCAUCUAAUUCCCUGGCUGGCUUAGGCGAUGCUAGAGUUGUUAGUAAUUUAAUCACCAGUGCCUCUGGUCGACAUUCCCAAUCUUCAUAUCUACAUCCAACUUCAUCUUCGUCCAAUACCUCCCAUAUAGUUGAUAAUCAGUUAACAAGUGAUCAUACAAACUUCCAUCAUUUCCUUGGAUUUAGACACCAAGGAAUCCCUCCACCUCCUCCACCUGCUGCCCCAAGAAAUCACAUGAAUUUUACCACUUCUGGAUUACCUACAAGUUUAGCUGGGUUAUCUGGAUUGUCAAGUCUUGCAGGGUUAACAGGUCUUCAAGUGUUGGGAGGUAAUCAGGGUACAGGGUCUUCAACAACAUCUAACUCCACCGUUCUUGGAGGUAGAGAAGCUGAAGAUGAAGAUGAAGAGUAUGAUAAUGGAAGUGCCCUAGAUACUGAUGCUGAAGCCAAUGGAGAUCAAGACCUUUAUUCAUCGCCUCAACAGCUUCUUCGAAGUGCAUCCGAGGAGGCGCUUCCAGUAAGCGUCCAGCCCUACUUUUUUACUACAGCACCUUCAACAGCUACAUGCUUCUUUACCGACGCAAGUCCAGCAACAAUUAUUGUUGCCGCAGAUUCAACAAUUCUUCCAGCAGCAGCAACAACAACAACAUCACCAAAACCCCCAUUCACACCAUCAUCAUACGCAUCAAUCGUCACAUCAACUUCAACACCAGCAUUCCCUUCCGGAGACGUCAGCAGCAGCAGCUCGGCUAGCAACUCAACAACAGCAGCAACAGCAGCAGCAACAACAAGCACAAAUGCAACUAAAUCGAAGUUACAAUACAAUACCUCGUCGUCCCAACCAAGGCCAAGGAACAGGCCAUCGUUCGUCACAACAGAGGUCCGGACAUGCUCGGCAUCUCGACCUUUAACAUUAACUUUAUUACCUCCUCCUUGUGGAGUUACUGUUUCAUCAAGAGUUUCAAGAUUAAAAUCGAGGAAAAAGUAUCCAGAGUACAAAGCAUAGUUAUGUUUAUUACGAAAAGAAUCGCACAAAAUCGAAAAAUGAAAAUAAUUUAAAACGUACAAUUGAAGAUACUCUAGUGUUUCGUUAAUUCCAAGACUCAACAAAAGACUUCCUCUUUUACAAAAGGAUAAUUAUGUUGAUUUCGCACUGGUACCGCAAAUAUACUCAAAAAACUUGUUUAAUGUGAACGCAAUUCAAUUUCAUCUUAAAUAAUCAUUUCUUUUCCAACUUUUCUGUUCUACUGGUUAGUGUAAUCAAGUAACGUCCGCAUUCAAUUAAGUUACCUUCAUCUUUGGUAAUCCGUCUCUUUUAUGGUCCAUCUCAGCUAUAACUAUCAUCAUUUCCAUCAACACUGAUGAUAAAGAUCGUUCCCAUUGUUAUUAAUAUAAUCAUCAUCUCAUCUUCACCCGGUUAAUAUUAAUUGCCAUUGUUCCAUGUCUCUUUCAACUCAUCAUAAUGAACAACUAAAAGUUCACAAAAUUAAACAUUUUCAGCAAAAUUGUGAAUCUGCCAAAUGUAAAUUGAUAACAAAAACUCACAAUUUAUACAUUUUGUUUUAGCGUUUUUAGCUUGUCCCCGAUCUCAAUUAAUUGUAUCAUUUUUUCAUUUAUUUAUUUAUUUAUUUCCCUCUAGUCUUUUAUCAUUUUCCUUAACAAAGUAAAUGUUCGUGAGGACGAAUUGUCCAGUUGUUUCUUACGGCCCAAAGCCAUUAAAAUUUUCAAAAAACGAAAAACUCAGUAAAAUUGUAAUAUUUUACUCUUGAAUUGAGUACCGUAAAAAUGACAAAACCAAACUAGUUUAUCAAAUUUA